CUUUUUAAGUCAAUUUCUUAACCUCCAAUUUACCAAACCAAUUGUUUACCUGGUAAAUGGAAAAACGCAUUUAACUCAACAGAAUGCCAGAGCUGAAAGUGACCCCUUUGGGGGCAGGCCAAGACGUUGGCAGGAGCUGCAUUUUGCUCUCAAUCGGUGGAAAAAACAUUAUGUUGGACUGUGGAAUGCAUAUGGGUUACAACGACGAAAGAAGAUUUCCAGACUUCACAUACGUAACUCCCGAUGGGCCUCUUACUUCCUACAUAGACUGCGUGAUCAUCUCUCACUUCCAUUUGGAUCAUUGCGGGGCUCUUCCGUACAUGUCUGAAAUGGUCGGGUACAAUGGGCCGAUUUACAUGACGCAUCCGACCAAAGCGAUUGCCCCCAUUCUACUGGAGGAUAUGAGGAAAGUGUCUGUGGAAAAGAAAGGUGAACAGAACUUUUUCACAUCGCAAAUGAUCAAGGAUUGCAUGAAGAAAGUGGUUGCUGUUACACUCCACCAGUCUGUGAUGGUAGAUAAUGAACUGGAAAUUAAGGCUUAUUAUGCAGGGCAUGUUUUAGGCGCUGCCAUGUUUUGGAUUAGAGUCGGGUCGCAAUCGGUGGUUUACACUGGAGAUUACAAUAUGACUCCUGAUAGGCAUCUAGGAGCGGCCUGGAUAGACAAAUGUCGGCCUGAUCUUUUGAUAUCAGAGGCCACCUAUGCCACUACCAUAAGAGACUCGAAACGGUGCAGAGAAAAGGACUUUCUCAAGAAAGUGCAUGAAUGCAUCGACAGAGGGGGAAAAGUUCUUAUACCCGUUUUCGCCUUGGGCAGAGCCCAAGAGCUCUGCAUUCUCCUGGAAACGUACUGGGAAAGGAUGAACCUGAAGGCGCCGAUAUAUUUCGCUCUCGGCCUCACAGAGAAGGCCAAUAACUACUACAAGAUGUUCAUUACAUGGACGAAUCAGAAAAUCCGAAAAACGUUUGUUCAAAGGAACAUGUUCGAUUUCAAGCACAUAAAGCCGUUUGAUCGACAGUUUAUAGAUAACCCGGGGCCGAUGGUGGUCUUUGCCACUCCUGGCAUGCUGCACGCCGGUCUCAGUUUGCAAAUUUUUAAAAAAUGGGCCCCUAAUGAGAACAAUAUGAUCAUUAUGCCAGGUUUCUGCGUGCAAGGAACAGUUGGCCACAAAAUCCUCAACGGAGCCAAGAAAGUGGAAUUUGAAAACCGACAAAUUGUGGAAGUUAAAAUGUCUGUUGAAUACAUGAGCUUUUCAGCGCAUGCAGAUGCCAAAGGCAUAAUGCAGCUGAUACAAUAUUGUGAACCUCGCAACGUAAUGCUGGUACAUGGCGAGGCUGAAAAAAUUGCGUUCUUGAAGGAGAAGAUUCAGCAGGAAUUUAAAAUCGACUGCUUCAAUCCAGCUAAUGGUGAAACUAAUAUAAUUUCAACCCCCGUGAAAAUCCCCAUCGAUGUAUCGCUACCGCUUCUGAAGGCAGAGGCGAAAAAGUUCAACGCUUUGCCUCCAGACCCAAAGAGACGCCGGAUCCUGCAUGGUGUUUUGGUUAUGAAAGACAGCAACGUUUGUCUUAUGGAUGUGGACGAUGCUUGCAAAGAAGCUGGGAUCAACAGGCAUGUAAUCAGAUUUACAUCUACAGUGUCCAUAAACGAUAAUGGACCGUCGGUUUCCACCGCUCAUAAGUUGCACACCUUUCUUACCGAUAAAUUGCCUCAGUGGGGGGUGACGUUCUCCGAAGGGGAGAUUUCAGUGGAGUCCGUCUUAGUUAAAGUGGAAGGAGACGAUGACGAGUCGCAGAAAACCGUCUAUGUGUCGUGGACAAAUCAAGAUGAGGAUUUGGGCAGUUACAUUCUAGGCUUGAUCAACGUGAUGGGCCAGUGAAAGUUGAUAUCCUGUGAUUGAAGCCCUUAAGGAAAUUAGUCAGAUUGUUGCUUCGUUGAAAAACAGUGUUUUGUUCAUGGUAUGUAUACCUGAAUAAAUACAUCAAAAAACUAAUUUUGUAAAAUGUAGCGUCAAUAAAUGUUACUUUUAUGUACGUUUUGCAGAAAAGCAGACAACGGUGCGAAUUUUAGUGAAAACAAAGUGUUUAUGAGGUGUGGGAACUAAAUAUAUAUAUUUCAAACUCGA